GUAUUAGGAGAAAUUUUUAAAAAAUAUAAUUAUUGUUCAAACUAUUCAGGAUAUCACUCUCAAUUCGUCUUACAAAGAAUCAUUUAUGAUUCGUAUACUCAUUCAUUUUCUAGAGUGUUGUUCACACAAUUUACUGUAGAAAAAGUCUCAUUAUUAGACAGCUUAUUAGGAUAAAGCUAGUUAACAAGUUUGAAGGAGAAGAAUUUGUGAAAAAAGAAACAAUUAAAAUUUAUAAUUAUUUAUCUAGAGCCGAACAUAACUUUAUCUCAAAAAUUACAAAGUGUUUUAGUAAGAUAAAACGAUAAAUAAUAUUGUCUACGUAUUAAUUACGAUGUAUUUCAUAUAAUUGAGUUUAUUUCAUUUAACAAAUUAGGUUUAGUUUGAUGAAAAAGAAUGGAUGUAGUACUCUUUAGUCCGAAUCAAUGCCGAAGCAUAAGUGGGCCUAUUUUAGGUAAUUAACAUAAAUGAUCACAGAACUUUGCACGUUGUACAAAAAGGUCACAGAACUUUUAUUUUACACAAUUCGGUAACGCAACUUUGAACUUGAACGAUUCGGUCAUUUCAGUUAAACUCCAUCCAAAAACUUAACAAAUGGCUUAUGUGGCUUCCAACUAAGCAUUCUAGUUAGCAAAAACAAUAUAUUAUGAUUUAAUCAUAUUUUUAAUUUUUAAUACAAUUAAAGUUUUAGAAAUAAUGGAAAAUAGCUUUCCUCUCUCUACUCUGUUUCGUCUCUACCGUAUCUCACGAGUCACGAGCGCUCUCUUUGCUACGCUUAUUCUCUAGACUCACAGCCGACGAUCCUCGAAAAAACCGUUUUGUUAGCAAGCUAAACGGAUGAUUAGCCGACUCACCGAGCAAAUCAAAGUGAAGGAAUUCGAAGCAGCAGCGAACGACUGCUACUUCAUGGAGCAAAUCUGGAAGUUUCUCGCAGAGAUCAAGAACUCUACCUACUAAAUGGAACCUGAUGAUGUCCUCAAGCCGAAGAACCAAUUUUUGUUCGAAUAAACGGCGGAGAGGGAGCGACUUUGCUUUCCGUUGAGAUCGCUAGUGAAGAUCACGAGGGGUCGGCGGGUCGCGCUGUUGGCGGCACGUUCCGAGUCGUGCAACUCGUUGACUCGAUCGUUCUUGAAGAAGACUUAUAUUAUCAGACUUGGAAGAUGAAGGUUGAAGACCUGCAGCUCAGCAGGAUUGCUCUGCUCGAAUGGAGAAGAAGAAGAAUAGAGUGUUUGACAAAAGAAACCCAAGGAAGAAACGUUUCGUUUCUGCCUUCCCUUCCACCCGACUUAAACGAAGAGCAAAACGGUGUCGUGGAGCUUGAAGUUUACCGUUGGGUGGAGCCAGGAAGAGCCAACAGAAAGAAGACAAGUGGCUAUUGUUUACAGCUCAUUUUCGAAUUUCAGUUUUUGUUUUAACUUCCAUUUCUAGUUUUACUGUUGUGUAUUGUUUACUCUUCUUUGGUACUGAUAUAUAUAUAUAUGAAAAGCUGGAGAGCAUCUCUCCUUGCGGGUUUUCCCAAUUCCAUACCGCCUCAUUCUUCUUCUUCUUACAAAACCCUAAGCUCAUUGAGCUUUUCUACAUGGUAUCAGAGCUGGACUGAGAUCCAGAUUUCUUCACAAUGAGUGGCAGUGCAACUCCAGGUGGAUCGCCAUUGAGUGGCACUGGUCCAAUUCCUUUUGGAAGUUUCAAUGCGCAAACAGGAACGACGAGCAACAACAAUGGAAACAACAUCGGAGGUACAGGGCGUUUAGAUCUGCAAUUUGGUAACCCAUUUUACAUAAACCCAAAUGAAAACAUCUCUCAAUCCAUAUUUUCUGAGAACCUAGAUGGGCCAAACUAUCAGAUGUGGAAGCGAGCUAUUCGAAUGGCUUUGAAAACAAAGCAUAAAAUUGGUUUCAUCGAUGGAUCUAUUCCUAUGCCUAGUCUGGAUGAUGUUAAUUUUGGGUUAUGGGAUGCUUGCAAUAAUAUUGUCCUAUGUUGGAUCUUGAACUCAAUAGAGAAGGAAAUUCGUCGAAGUGUUAUGCAGCAUGAGAAUGCUAAGGAUCUCUGGGAUGAGCUUAAGAGGAGAUUUGGUCUUCCUAAUGCCAUCAAGCUGGCAAAUUUGCAGGAUCAGAUUAUUGCCUGUAAACAAGGAUCCAUGAAUAUCACUCAGUAUUAUACUGCUUUUAAGGGAUUAUGGGAAGAAAAUCUCCAAUUUAACCCAAUUGUGGAGUGUGAUUGUGUAGUGCCAAGAGUUCGUCCUUGUGCAGCAGUGGAAGCUUUCAAGCAGAAACAAGAAGUGGAGUAUCUAAUUCGAUUUCUCAAAGGGAUGAGGUCAGAAUGUGAGGUAGUUCACACACAACUCCUCAUGAUGAAGCCAUUACCCACUGUGGAUGCUUCUGUCAAUGAUCUGCUCCAGCAUGAGCAAAAGAUCAAGGGUGAUAAAGGUGGAGGAACUAAGGGAGUUCAGACAGUUGCACUUGCAGUAUCUGGUGUGCCUGGGGGCCAUAACAAACCUACUGGUUCUGAUGGAAAGAAGUUCUGUAGGUACUGCAAACAAGAAAAUCACAACAUAGAAGAGUGCUAUCGUCUGAAAAAAAAAGGCUAGAAUGGCUGGGGGAAAUGUUGCUGCAGCAGUCUCACAGUCUGAUUCUUCUACAGACAGUGACAGUGCUUCCUUAGAAUCCAAGCUAAGCAUUGAUACUCGACAGUCAAAUAACAGCUUUGAAUUGUCUUCAGAAGAGCUUAAUAAGCUCAAAUUUCUGCUUCACUCAGUUUCUCCUUCAUCGAGAAGUCCUUCUCCACCUGCAUCACCAUCUAUCAAUCACCAUGCUUUCUCUGUGGCACAGCACAUUCCUCACUUCCCUAAUUGUGCUGGUAAGUAUGUUCUCUCUUCAUGCUUGCAACACAAGUCAGAUUCCCUUUUGGGAGUAUGGAUCUUGGACACUGGGGCUUCAGACCAUAUUGCUUGUAGCUUAGGUCUGUUUGUUGAAUCCACCCCAGUGGUUGAUCAGUAUGUCUUCUUACCAACUGGUUCCAAAGUUGCAGUUAGCCAUGUAGGUAGAGUUAGAUUACCUACAGGCCUCAUUCUAGAAAAUGUCCUCCUAGUGCCUAGUUUUUCUUUCAACCUUAUUUCAGUUAGUAAGCUCACAAAUGACCUACCUAUUUCCUUACAUUUUGAAUCUGAUUCUUGCCAAAUUCAGGACCUAAUGACCCACAGCAGGACUGUUUUGGCAAAACAGAUUAAGGGGCUUUACCAAAUCACUUUCAAGACUUCUUCAACUCCUCAAACACCACAGGAAGCAGCUGCAUACAAUUUCACUCCUCAAACUAUUGAACUAUGGCACUGGAGGCUAGGACAUCUAAACAAAGACAAAGAAAGACUCUUAGUACCCUGUAAUAGGAAUUCUGUUUUUCAUUGUCAGACUUGUCAUUUUGCCAAACACAAAAGACUGCCAUUUCCUAUCAGUUCUAGUCAUGCACCAGAACCUUUUUCCCUUAUUCAUGUGGACAUAUGGGGUCCUCUUGCUGUUAAAUCCCAUGAGGGAUAUUCCUACUUUCUUACAAUAGUAGAUGACUUUUCUAGAGGUGUUUGGACCUAUCUGAUGAGAUACAAAUCUGAAGCUAGUGCUUUGUUGGAACCUUUUUGUGUGAUGGUUUCCAAGCAAUUCAGUAAGCAUGUUAAGGUUGUUAGAAGUGAUCAAGGGAAUGAGUUCCAUAUGGCAGAUUUUUACAAAACUAAUGGGAUUGAGCAUCAGUUGUCAUGUGUUGAGACUCCUGAGCAGAAUGCCAGAGUUGAGCGCAAGCAUCAACACAUUCUCAACGUUGCUAGAUCACUCAGAUUCCAAUCAGGAGUGCCUUUGCAUUUAUGGAGUGAUUGCAUCCUCCAUGUUGUGUUCCUUAUUAAUAAAAUUCCCUCUUCAGU